GCCUCGGUGAGUGAAACUUGGCGUGCUGUUUGCUGGGAAGAAAACCCGGGAACAGGGAGGACACUGUCGGGCGACUGAGACCUUGUCGGACCCUGAGACUUGGAAUCUUGUGUGUGGGGCGGUGAACGCAUUUGGAUGUACUUCUGAAUUGGGAGCACUCACCCAGCAGGUACCUGUGCUGCUGAGCCUGAACAGUGCCAGGAAGCGGCCUCAGGAUUUGGGGGUUCAUUACACAUUCCAACCAUGUUCCUGCGACGGCUUGGUGGCUGGCUCCCUCGCCCUUGGAGCCGCCGCAAACCCAGGCCUGACCCGCCCACCCCAGAACCCAGACCCAGACGGGUGGAUAGCUCCUCUGAAAACUCGGGGAGCGACUGGGACAGUGCCCCCGAAACCAUGGGAGACGUGGGGCCUUCCCAGAGGAAGGACUCAGGGGCCCGGAGUAGUUCUGGGACUGCUCCACAACCAAGCAGGGAGCCCCGAGUUGAGCAACUGGGAAGCAGAAGGAUGGAUUCCCUCAAGGGGGACAAGACUGGUGCUGGCAUUCAAGAGCCGGGGAGACUGGAGGCAGCAGAGGCCAUUCCCAAACUGGGAUGGGACCCCGUGGACUCAGGUGGCACCAGGAGGUCUGAAGUGUCUCCUGAAGGGGGACUGAGCCCGCCUGGGCCCGCAGCGCCAGUGGAGAAGCCUGGCCGGCGGCAGAAGCUGCUGGGCUGGCUGCGGGGGGAACAAGGAGGGGGAGCAGGGGCUCCCUCGCAGUACCUGGGGGGCCCAGAGGAGUGUCUGCAGAUCUCCACCAACCUGACCCUGCACUUGCUGGAGCUGCUGGCCUCAGCCCUGUUGGGGCUGUGUUCCCGGCCACUGCGGGCAGCCCUGGACAUGCUGGGCCUGAGCGGGCCUCUGGGCCUCUGGCUGCAUGGGCUGCUGUCCUUCCUGGCUGCCCUGCACGGGCUCCAUGCUGUGCUGAGCCUCCUCACUGCUCACCCCCUGCACUUCGCCUGCCUCUUUGGUCUCCUACAGGCCCUGGUGCUGGCUGUCAGCCUCCGGGAGCCAAGUGGGGUUGAGGAGGCCACUGACUUCGAGGGUAAUAAGUUGGGGAGGGAGGGUGAGGAGCAGAGGGGAGACCCAGGGAAGGGGCUAUGACCUCAGAGUGGGUGUGACCAGGCCCCUCCCUCGCCCCAGUGGGGUGGGAGCAAGGGUGAAGACAGUGUGGCCUUUAGGAGAGUAGGGGGCAUGACCCAGAUUGUAAGCACAGGGACCUCAGGGAUGGGGAAGAACCCCAGAGUAUGAGGGUACCCACCCACCCACGGGAGAGAACAGCUGCUCAGGGUGUCUGGGUUUAUGGACAGUGGGGGCAUGGCCCUUGAAUUCACCAGCUGUUGUUACUUUUUGAUUUUAUAUUUCUCCUACCUUCAAGUUUGUUUUCCCAUCUUCACGUUUUAAAAGCCAAAAAAUAUUUUUUUUAAUGUUGUGGUGGAGAAUAAAGACUAAAUGGCCCUCUCUA